AUGAUUUCAAGAUUCGGGUGUAGAGAGGGCAUUCUUCCACCAGACUUCAAUAAUCAGAGCAACCAUCUUGAUAGAGUGGCCCAAACUUUUGCCUUGGCCGAUGGCGAGGGCCAAGUGCGCAGACGAGAAGACCUAGGCAACAUCGGCGUCGAAGACAUGAUCCAACUUUCUGACCUCCAUGAAGCCGCCCUUCUUUGGAAAUUAAAUUUCAACUGCUUUCUUUUGAAGGUUGUGGUUAUUAGUGGAGAGAGCGGUUCCGGUAAGACUGAAUCAACGAAAUUAGUGAUGCAAUAUCUAGCUGCCGUAGCACCGUCAGCCCCAAGGGGCCAGGCCCUAGUCACGGAACAAAUUCUAGAAGCUGCUCCUUUACUGGAAGCUUUCGGAAACGCCCGAACAGCGAGAAACGAUAACAGUUCCCGUUUCGGUAAAUAUUUAGAAGUAUACUUCAAACACGGUUCAAUCAUUGGUGCCAAAAUGACACAGUACCUACUAGAAAAAUCUAGAAUAGUAACGCAAGCACCUGGCGAAAGGAAUUACCAUGUGUUCUAUGAACUUCUCGGAGGCUUGACUAACGUUGAAAAGCAGAAGUAUGGGCUCAUUGAAGCUGACAAAUACUUUUAUUUGAAUCAAGGGUACACUUUCAGAAUAUCAAAGCAUGGUCAAGAAGGAGUGGAAGUUGGAUCCGAUGUCGAAAUCAAGUGGGCUGCCCAUCUCUUGCAAAUUUCUGCAUCUGGCCUGCAACGAGCCCUGACAUCGAGAAUCACGGAGGCAAGAGCGGAAAGAGUUUUUUCUCCUUUGAGCAUCGAUCAAGCGUUAGAUGCCAGAGAUGCUUUCGCCAAAGCGUUGUACUCGGCCUUGUUCAGUUGGUUAGUAUCAAGAGUAAACUCGAUUGUUCAUAAAGGAGGAUUACACGACGCAGCAAGGAUAUCUCUCUUGGAUAUUUUCGGAUUCGAAAACCUCAACGAAAACUCAUUCGAACAACUUUGCAUCAAUUUCGCUUCAGAAUCACUGCAACUAUAUUUCAAUAAACACGUUUUCAAACUUGAACAACAGGAGUACGCCAAAGAACGACUCGAGUGGACGAAUCUGAGUUGGGCUGACAAUACACCUGUUAUUCAUCUCUUGGGCAAGAAACCUGUAGGGAUUCUCCACUUAUUGGAUGAUGAGAGCAAUUUCCCGAAAGCCUCUGAUUCUUCGUUUUUAGAAAAAUGCCAUUAUAAUCAUGCUCUGAAUGAACACUAUUGUCGACCCAGAGUGGGAGGAAGGGAGUUUGGGAUAAGGCACUUUGCCGGACAGGUGUGGUAUUCUGUGGAUGGAUUCCUUGACAAAAACCGUGACGCAUUGAGACCGGAAGUGGUAGAAUUACUAGCGUCAAGUAAAGACGCUUUAGUGAGUUCCAUCGCCAAACCACUGCUGAACUAUGCUCAAACUAGGACGCUUCCAAGAGGAGCGAACGGUCGCUUCGUUACAAUGAAACCGAGAACUCCAACUG